GCCACUGGGACCUCCAUGAAUCAACUUCAUCUGCCCAACAGUCCUGGCUCUUAUCUCCUCCCUCUCUGUGUUCCCUAUAUAAACCCCCAACUACAUCCUGCUGCACAGUUCUUCCAGCUGCCCUCAUUCGAGACCCGCUGUGAAUAUCUCAGACAUUUUUUGGAGUUGUCUCCCAUAAACAACUCAGAUUUAAUCCACACUGAGCCUGACUGCGCUGAGGGUAGAGGCAGCAUGAGGGUCUGCUUGGUUUUGGUGCUGUGUGUGACAGCCCUGAUUGCACGGGCCACCGCUGCAGAUGCCAAGGAGUUAUCCAUCACCACUAUAAAGGAGGAACCAUACGUCAUGAGCAAGGGUUCACAGUUUGAGGGCUACUGUAUUGACCUGAUCUCAGAGCUGUCCAAGAAGCUGGGUUUCAAGUACAACGUGCACCUGGUGAAAGACAACAGAUACGGAGUUAUGGACUCCAGUGGUAACUGGAAUGGUAUGAUCGGUGAGGUUAUCAGAGGGGAGGCGGACCUGGCUGUGGCCCCUCUGACCGUCACUGCGUUGAGAGAGCAGUUUGUGGACAUGACCACCCCCUUCAUCCAAACAGGCCUCAGCUUCAUCAUGCGCAAAGACUCUGAGUCAGAGGACAGCACUGUCAGCCUGCUGUCACCCUUCUCCACCGACAUGUGGGUCGGCGUUCUCGUCGCUUUCCUGCUAACGGGUCUUUGCAUAUUUCUGGUGAGCAGGAUCAGUCCUUCUGAGUGGGCCAACCCAGAAACGGAUGAACACAGCUUCACUCUGCUGCACAGCUUCUGGUACAUCACAGGCGCGCUCACCCUGCAAGGUGCUGGUCCUCACCCUAAAGCCCUCUCUGGACGUGUAGUUGGCGCCAUCUGGUGGAUAUUUGCAGUGCUGCUGCUCGCCUGCUACUUUGCCAACUUUAACUCUGUGCUGAACUCCAAGAGCAAACACAUCUCUAUCGGUAGCUUCGAAGAUCUUGCUAACCAGGACGUGAUUGAUUACGGCACACUGGAAUUUGGAUCCACCAUGCACUUCUUUAAGAAUUCCAACAACCCAGUGUACCGCCGGAUCUACCAGCACAUGGAGCGUAAGAAGAGCUUCGUUUCCAACAUGGAGGAGGGCAUUCGUCGUGCCCAGGAGGGAAACUUUGCUUUCAUCGGUGAAGCGGUGUCCUUGGACUUGGCAGUGGCUCGCUACUGUAAACUGACCCGUUCACAGGAAAUCAUUUCCAUGAGGGCCUACAGCAUCGCAGCACCUCUGGGUUCUCUAUUGAUGAAAAACCUAACCGUUGCCAUCCUCCAGCUCAGUGAGUCCGGUGAGUUGACACACCUACGGGACAAGUGGUGGGCCAGCAGCUGCAUCGAUACCAACAAGGCCCAGGUGUCCGAUGCACUGCAGCCCCACCACCUGCAGGGCCUCUUCCUCCUCCUUGGCCUGGGUCUGGGUGUCGGACUCCUGCUGGCCCUUCUGGAGCUCUUAUCCAGGGCCCGAAACCAAGCUAAGGAUGGCAAGAAAUCCUGCUGCUCGGUGUUGACGUCAGAGCUGAACCGGAGGUUCGGUAGCGGAGGAGAGAGCACCGAGCAGGAGAGUCCAGACAAAAACAAAGCUUGAAUCAUAGCAGUGUUCCUCACACACUCUCUGCUUUGCUCUGGUAACAGGUGUGUUUUGUGGUGUUUCUCGGCGUGUUUUAUACUCUCGUAAGAAAUCUUAGUGACUUUUGGUAAGAACUAGCAGCAAGAACAUCAUGAGCAACAAAAGAAAAGAAUUUAGAUCCUCAAGCUUCAGGUACUAACCACUGCUGCGUUAGCUGGUUGUUUCAGCAUUAUGUUCAUGUCCUGAGUAACAUUCAUGCAUUUCUGUCGCAGCUGUAAUAGUUUCAGAACUUUCUGUUUCUGUUGCCGAUAAAUCCAAAUAAAUCCUCCAGAGUUC